CGAUUUAAUUAAAGUUUCGGGAUUUUUUUCUUCUGAUGCUAAAUUAUUUACCUGCUGUUUACAAACCCUUUAUACAUCGUAGUACUAUUUUAUUCUCAGUAGCCGAGGGUUAUUGUUUGAAACAGAAAAGGGUGUAAUAGGCCAAUUUCACAAGAACCGGAAGCUCGUCGCCGCUGGGUAAUUUUACUUCCGCUACAGUUACAACAAACGAUUUCUAUGCUGAGAAAACAUGGAACGAUUUUUUACAACAUCUCUCUCCACUCUGCCGCAAAUUAAGUUCGAGGACAUCAACCGAAUUGUUGCAGAAAAUUCUUUAACCACGGGGUCAAGACUGAAGAAGGGAUAUAAAUUCUUUGUUGAAGAAUUUAUUCAUGGGUAUCAAGAUGUUUUUGGAGUCUCAUGGAGAGCCUAGUGUCACUGCUUAUGCAUGUAGUUGUGCAGCUGGCAAAGGGUUAUGUAACCAUCUAACAGCUCUGUUGUAUCAAACAGCCCACUAUGUGCAGCUUCAUCUAAAAUCUGUCCCACCAACAGUGGCUUGCACAAGUGAACAACAAAGAUGGCAUCGUCCAAGGACACAGGGUGUCAGUCCAGAGGCAGUGAGUCAACUUGUAGUUCAGAAACCAUGUUCUUUGGGGAAGACAGGAGUAAAGUCUACGCUGUACAAAGCUCACACAGGUCCACUUCCAGAUCCACACAUCCUGGCUUCUGGAGCAAAACUAAACCAGAUUGACCCAAAACCUUUGUUGGCUCAUAUACUUGGAGGCAUGUCAGAAAUGGAGUUGGUCAGCUCGCAGUUUGGUCCAUUACCCCGGGGCAGUCCUCUUUCGUACCACUAUCCUCUCACAGCUGCUGAUCAACCUACAGUUGAUUUCCCCAACCUGCCAGUGUGUGGCAGUCAGUUUAGUACAAACUUAAAUUUUGUUCCCACUCACCACCAAUCUUUUCAUUUGCAGUCAAUACAAGUGUCACACAUCUUAUCCGGUCAGAUUGAGCACAAUACUCGACUACAGUCAAAUUGUGCUGCCUGGGCACAUGCGCGUCAACCAAGAGUCACCGCAAGCAGGUUUAGAGAAGUCUGCUAUGUGGUUGGUGAAUCUGCUAGCCAGUCAUUAGCAGCACGUAUACUAAAAGGCACAAAGCAGACAAGUGCUAUGAAACGUGGACUUGAACUUGAACCAGAAAUUUUGAAACAAUAUUCUGAAACAAAGAGGGUUACGGUUUUACCUUGCGGCUUUGUUGUUCACCCAGAUGCACCACAUCUAGGUGCCAGUCCAGAUGGGAGAGUAUAUGAUCCAUCUGAAAUCUUCCCAUUUGGUCUAGUGGAAGUAAAAGCUACAUCUGCUGAAAGUAUAGGCCAGGCUUCAUUUAUUAAAAUGCAAAAGGGCCAAGCCAAACUCAAAGAAACACACAAAUACUAUUGGCAGGUUCAAGGCCAGCUUGCCGUAACUGGUCUGCAGUGGUGUGACUUUGUGACUGACACACAGUCAGACAUAACCAUCCAGAGGAUUUGGCGAGAUGAUGUCUUUAUAACAUCAAUGAAGGAGAAGUUGGACAUGUAUUACUAUUAUGUAUAUAUGGACAAGUAUCUAUCUAUGGUUUAAGCAUUGCUGUAGCAAAGGGUUAAUUCACACAAAAUUUAUAAUUUUAAUUACUCACCUUGAUACUUGCACUUGUGAGCUAACCCUUUAAAAUUGCUACCACGCUAUGUAUAUAUGUAUAGUAAUUAAUUUUAUAUUGUUUUACAACUUUGUCUAUUUUUAAACUACUAUUAUAAUUGUAAAAAUUUCAUGUUGUAUCAGUUCAGGUUUACAAUUCUGUAUUAUAUCUGAAACUAACAAUAAAAUGUGUCAAAUAACAACUGGACAACAGAACAACUGUAUGAUAUGUUUAUUUUGACCAAUAGCAAUUAUUAAAAAAAAAGUUUAUUCAAACUGUCCUUAUUAUUAUCAGGAGACUGCUCAUUUUUGCUUGAUAAAAGUAACAAAUCUGCCUCUGAGCACAGAGGGGGAAAUACAUUGUAAUAUUUUUUGUAAAAGUUAAGAGGAAAUCAUAAAAUUACAUUAACUUGUAGCUAUUUUAAUAAUAACAAACAGAACAAUGUAACAAAUCAGCACAGAAUCCUUCAAAUGUAUCUAAACAAACACUGAGUUAAUUUUAUGUGGUUGUCAUGUUUUCCGUUCUUUGUAUAUGGAUUACUCUGAUGGGUUUGAUUUCUACUAUUUUACACAUUUCAGGAUAGUUAAACUGAAACUAAACUGAAAAUUAACUGACUAGCCAGACAAUCUGGCUUCAAGGUAAAGGCCACAGAAGAUGCAGAAAUCUGGCUCAUUUAAUGCUCCAAAAACAUUGGUCCCUGGUAAUUUACCAUGAAGCAGCAGUUAUGCCAGAUCUGGUCAAUUGUUCCUGACAAGCUUAGUGGUACAGCAGAAUCGAAGAUGUGGUUUUCUUUAACUCGUCGUAUUACUCUUUCCACCAGAAUUCUGAGCCGUGCAAUGGUUUGUGUUUUUUGACAGUCUGUCUUGCUGAACUGCCGGUCACGCUUGAACGGUGGAAUUAUUAGUGUAGCACCAACAUUGGUGAUCAUGUCCCCAAUUGUAAAGCCUUUGUCAGCCAUCACCUCAUCUCCAGGUUCAAGUAGACUCAAGAUGCCAGACCUCCUUGUAAUCUCUUUGUCAGAGAUUGAGCCAGUGUACAGACGAGAGAUGAAUGUUACUGCACCACAUGGAGCCACUCCCAAGAGUCCUUUAAAUGUUGUUGUGCUCUUGUAGUUAGAGAAUAUCUCUGAGUGGAGUGUCAGAGAUGUGGGACUCUCACAGAAAAUUUCUGUACAGUCCAGGAUUACUCUGACAUUUGGACUGAAUGAACUAUACUUCUCAGGCAUGGAAGAGCUUAUUUGUUCCCUUGACAUCCAAAUGGGAACAGAGCCUAAAA